UGGAGGCUGGGCUGGCUGCCCAUGGGGUUGGCUGCACUGAUUUGGGGCUCCCCACCACACACCCAGGGACUCUCCAAGGAGGAAAAGUUGCAGCUGCUGAAGGAGAAAAAGCAGCAGAAGAAGAAGCGGAGAGAUGAGAUGGGGCAACCAGCUGACUCCCCCAUCCUUGGGCAGCCCCAUACUCAGUUGCCAGCAGCUGUCCCAGCCACAGUGCCUAGUGAGGGCCCGGUUGGCAGCGAGAAGCAGGUGGGGGCGAAGAGCAAGGCGGAGCUGCGAGCAGAGCGCCGUGCCAAGCAGGAAGCCGAGCGUGCCCUGAAACAAACCAAGAAAGUGGAGUCAACCUCAGCAGCUGUGCCGGCCAAGCCGAGGCUGGUGCCUAACGAGCCUCAAUCCAUGGUGAAGCGUGUGCCGGAGCACGUGCAGGUGGACGACCCAGCAGCCCAGAAGAGAUUAGCGAAGAAGCUGGAGCGGCAGCAGGUUCCUCUGAGGCCGGACUAUGGCGCCAAAGUCAACCUCUUCUCCCACUUGCAUCAGUACAGCCGGAAGGUGCCACUGACGCAGCAGAUGAGCAUCCCUGCCAUAGCGAUCCACCCGGCUGUGGUGCGCCUCGGCCUGCAGUACUCCCAGGGGCUGCUGAAGAACGCCCGCUGCCUCGCCCUGCUGCAGGUCUUCAGACAGGAGCUGCUGCAGCCCAGCCCUGAGCACCCCAACCUCCCCUGCCCCGCCCUGCAGCUCUGCAGGGCCCCUACCUCACACCCCCACUCCCCAUGCGCCCCUCUGCAGGGUCUGAAAGAGAUCUCGGGCCUGUCCAGCACCCUGCGGGAGGAGGAGGCGAAGGGGAAACUACAGGAAAGCAUUGACAAAUACGUGAGGGAGAAGAUCCAACUGGCUGCCGAAGCCAUCUCCAAAUAUGCCUUCGAGAAGAUCAGUGAUGGUGAUGUCAUCCUGGUCUAUGGAUGCUCCUCCUUAGUGAACCGCACACUAUGUGACGCCCACACCAAGCGUGCCUUCCGAGUGAUUGUGGUGGACAGUCGGCCACGGCUGGAGGGACGGGACACACUACGCAGGCUGGUGCGUGAGGGCAUCCGCUGCACUUAUGUCAUGAUCACUGCCAUCUCCUACGUGCUGCCCGAGGUCUCCAAGGUAUUGCUGGGGGCCCAUGCGCUGCUAGCGAACGGCUCUGUCAUGUCACGGGUGGGGACAUCCCAGAUUGCACUGGUGUCCAAGGCCUACAAUGUGCCUGUGCUGGUGUGCUGCGAGACCUACAAGUUCUGUGAGCGGGUGCAGACUGACUCCUUUGUCUCCAAUGAGUUGGAUGACCCUGAUGACCUGAUCCUGCCCAGGAAGGGAGCCCAGCUUGGUGGCUGGAAGGAAAACACGUCCCUGCGCCUUCUCAAUCUGGUCUAUGAUGUUACCCCCCCCGAGCUGGUGGAUCUGGUGAUCACAGACUUGGGCAUGAUCCCGUGCACCUCCGUGCCUGUCGUGCUGCGGGUCAAGAAUGUGGAGCAGUAGCAGACCUGCAAUAAACUUUCUGAUCUCA